CACAAAGCAAAUUUAAACUGCAAUAAGGAAUCAUUCAAUUACUACUUUUGAACGACACCGUUUUGGAUUGCCUAGACCUCUCUCUCUCUCCCAUGGCCACCGUCGGGCUUCUUCGGUCUCUCCGCCGCCGAGAAGUCUACGUAGUUUCUGUCUCUUCGGCGUAUAGAUUCAGUUCUGCUAGCGCCGGCGGGAGGACGACGGAGCUCCGGUUACCCGGAGUCAAAGAUAUAAUCGCCGUUGCGUCUGGUAAAGGCGGAGUAGGAAAGUCUUCGACUGCUGUGAACUUAGCUGUUGCAUUGGCCAACAAGUGUGGACUGAAGAUUGGAUUGCUUGAUGCUGAUGUGUAUGGACCUUCUGUUCCUAUCAUGAUGAAUAUCAGUCAAAAGCCUCAAGUCAACCAAGAUAUGAAGAUGAUUCCGGUGGAGAACUAUGGAGUUAAAUGCAUGUCAAUGGGACUCCUUGUAGACAAAGAUGCACCACUUGUGUGGAGAGGUCCUAUGGUAAUGAGUGCUCUUGCUAAGAUGACAAGAGGAGUAGAUUGGGGAGAUCUCGAUGUUCUUGUUGUUGAUAUGCCACCUGGAACCGGUGAUGCUCAGAUUACCAUAUCCCAAAAUCUUAAACUCUCAGGUGCUGUAAUUGUAUCAACUCCACAAGAUGUUGCGCUCGCUGAUGCUAAUCGAGGGAUCUCCAUGUUCGAUAAAGUUAGAGUACCUAUUUUGGGACUUGUGGAGAACAUGAGUUGCUUCGUCUGUCCUCAUUGUAAUGAAGCUUCUUUCAUAUUUGGGAAAGAAGGAGCACGGCAGAUGGCUGCAAAGAAGGGUUUGAAACUCAUCGGUGAGAUUCCACUGGAAAUGAAGAUCAGAGAAGGUUCUGAUGAAGGUGUCCCUGUGGUUGUUUCUUCACCUGGUUCUGUAGUAUCAAAAGCUUAUGAAGAUCUAGCUCAAAACGUGGUGAAUGCAUUGAAGGAGCUACGGGAUAAUCCAGAGAAUGAAAUUCAGAUGAAACUUAACGUUCCACAUUCUAGCGGAUCAUCAUAGAACAACAAGCCAUGAGAGCCAGAGGCACAAAACCCAAGUUUGUCUUGCUGAGAUACAAGAGAAGAAUGUAUCUGCAGAGGACAAAGGAAAGAGAGACGCACUCUUUUUGAACAAUGUGAAUCAGCAGAUCAAUUAGGGUAGGAAAGUUGAUGAAUCCAAAUAAGAAAUGCAUGUCACAGCAAACAUUCUAUGUGCCGAGUAAGACAUGUUGAGAUGACUUCACAAUGUAAGAUGGGAUAGAAAAAAAUUGUAUUUUCAGUA